UAAAAUAAUUGAAUAGCUUGUCAUUGUUAUAUAUUUUUUCAUUAGAGAGUAUUAUUAUUGUUUUUAUAUUUUCGUGUAACUUCAGACUUUAAUCCACUAUGCUGUGGCUGACCAGCCCAAUAAGCGUGAACAGCUUCUACCAAUUUAAAGUUAUGCAGAAUUCAUUGAUCGAAAAGUAAUAAAAUAAACAGCGGAUGGUAGGAUGCUGGUGCAGGUGGUGGUGACGACGCUCGUUGCGCUGGGCGUGGCGCCCUGCAUGUUACAGCGCGUGUGUCGCGCGCGGGCCCCGAGGCCGCCCUCCGCCGUCUGCAUGCAUCGUCUGAAGAUCAAUGACAAGGGAGUUGUCAAAUGCUUCCAUUAGAGUCAAAUUGAUGGUGUAAUUAUAAUAAACUCUUCCUCGAUGAAUUCCUUCAAAGAUCACCAGUCAGUUUGUUUCCUGAUUACUGUGGUCAUUGUUGAUGUGUUACUGGAUAUCAACAACCGGUCGCGACUCCGAAGACGAUGUUGUGAGGAUUCUUCCGUCCGAUGUUUACAAAACAAACGACCAAAAAAAAUUUUACAUUAGCAUAUAAUUUCGACGGUCCUAUGAUUGCACUGUUAUGUUAAUAAUUCUAGAGAGAUAAUAGAUUCCAUUUUACGUGUGAGAAGUCGGUAACCGUUAAUUAUAAUCGGUCAGACUGAUAGUAGUGUCUCCGGAUGGCAUCGUAAGAUGAGUACCGACAUAUAUGGUCGCCCGUGCACGGUGACGCGGUCGUGUUCGUGCGGCCGCUGUUGUUCCACAGGCUGGUUGUUGUGCUGCUUCAAGUGUCGCUGCAGCUGUCACAAGACGAUAUGCUGACCCUGCUCGUGGUGCUGCUGCUGCACCAGGUUACUACGGAGAGCAAGAGCUUCAUGCCUCUAGGCAAGGCGGAGCGCGCGAUGUUCCUCACGCACUCCGAGGCGUGCCUGGAGCAGUCCGGCGCCGAGAGGGCGCAGGUAGAGCGCCUGGUCGGUGGGGCCCCGGAGGACUCGCCCGCUCUGCGCCGCCAUGUCCUGUGCGUGCUGAGACGGUGUAAGCUGCUUCGCAAGGACGGCCGCCUGGACAAACACGCGCUACGAGAUCGAAUCAGCGCCAGCAACGAUACUAAGAUAUUAGAGGGCUGUUCAGAUCAAUCCGGUGACACCCCUGAAGACCUCGCGUGGCAUCUCUUCCGUUGUGGUCUCAACAAGAAGGUGCUGUUUGAACACAUGACAGCAGCUGCCCCCAACGAGGCCUGAUAAGAAUAUAUAUCGCAUCUCUUUAUAUAGCAUUUAAUUUAUUGUCUGAAGUUAAAAAUAUUUUUCGUAAUCUUUGACAUUCCAGUAGUAUGUAUUAAAUUAUUCUUGGAAACAUUUCCUAUUUUUAUUAAAUUAUUUUGAAGUA